GUACGCUACGACUUUCACCUCAAAAAAGUCUCUGAAACCUCAAAGAGCUCUAAAGUUUCCAUGUCCCCACUCAUUAUUUCAUCUGUUGUUGUACAACGUCCAUUUCGGUAACUCGGGAAUUUCUGCGAUGGUAACGCCACUGGCUUAAAGUUCAAUCCCCCAGAAUUACACCGAACUCUUGAAAUGCCAGACAAAUAGGCUAUUUUUGCACUUUUUGUUUACGUCUGCUUUGUUUUGAUUGGUUGAUUAAUAUUUGGAUAAAAAUUAUUCGUACGCAGCAAAAUUUCGACAGUAUAGACUCAUAUUAUUAUAAUUAUAUUUUUGAAUCCCUUGGUUCAUUUAAAGGUGGUGAUGGAAUAAUAAAUAAUAAAUGUGACAAUAAUUAUCUGCCAUAGGAGAAAGUCAAGGAGAACUAGUUUAAAUAAGGUGCAGCAUUUACUUUCAGUAAGUACCUAUCUGUUAUCAUAUGGAUAUGGAGAGUUAUCAGGACCUCAGUGGGACACUCAGUAUGAAUUUCACAAGGCAAAAGAUUCUGGGGAAUCCUCAAAUGAGUUACAAGGCAAUAUCUAAAGUCUUGAUGAACUCAAGAACAGCUAGCACUCAGCCAGCCUUUCAAAAUACAUCAAAUCUGCCAAGCUUGCCUGUCCCCACUUUGAGCCAGACUAUUGAAAAGUAUGUUAAAUCUGUUACUCCUUUCCUAAAUGAGAAGGAAUUAGAAAACACAAAGAAAUUAUGUAGAGAGUUUAGUGCAACAAAUGGCAUUGGUACUCGGUUGCAAAAACUGCUUGAAGAGAAGGCAGCUACAGAAGAAAAUUGGCUAGAGACUUGGUGGCUAAACACAGCCUAUUUGCAAUAUAGACAACCUGUGGUUGUCUAUUCAAGUCCAGGUCUAGUAUUUCCAUUUGAAAAUUUUGCAAAUGAGGAGCAACGGUUGCAGUACACAGCUAAACUAAUAUUGGCCGCGUUGCAGUACAAAACUGACAUUCACGGAGACCAGAUUCCACUAGAAACAAUGGGUACAUCUCCGCUGGAUAUGAAUCAGUAGAAAAAGGUAUUUGGCACUUGUCGAAUCCCAGGCGAGAAAAAGGACAGAUUGCAGUUCAAUCCGGACUCCAGACAUAUAAUUGUAUCUCGGAAUAACCACUUUUUCAAAAUGGAGGUGGUUGAUUCUUACGGUAAUUGGCCGAGUUUAAGCCAAUUGAAGAGCGCUUUGGAAGUAAUACUUCAAGAGUCUGAAGAAUACGAAAAUCCUAUCGGUGUUUUGACCACAGAGCAUCGCGAUAACUGGCACAAGGCAUAUACGGAAUUGAAUAAAGAUCCGCAAAAUGCGCGAAGUCUGAAGGAAUUGGCAUCAGCUUUGUUUCUUGUGGCGUUGGACAACCCCAUGCCAAAAUGUUCUGGAGAUAACUGGAGAUCGACGGCUAGCAAACAGUUCAUCCAUGGAGGCGGCAGCCGAGGCAAUUCUGGCAACAGGUGGUUCGACAAAACCCUACAGUUCGUCAUCGGCGAAGAUGGUACUGUUGGGUUAACGUACGAACACUCACCAAGUGAGGGACAACCGAUAGCUGUAAUGACAGAUUUCUUAACUGAGUACAUAAAGUCUGACCAAGCAUACAAUCUACCUGACACGAAGAAUGACUGCUAUCCAGAGAAGUUAAAUUUCAAUAUCAAUGAAACAAUUGCAAAUUAUAUUCAUUCAGCCAAUGUUAAUGUAGACAAACUGGUAGAUAACCUCGAUAUGGCUAGUUUCCAGUUCAAGUGUUUCGGGAAGAACUUUGUCAAAUUGCACCAGCUGAGUCCAGAUAGUUUUGUGCAGAUGGCGAUACAACUUGCAUUUUAUAGGAUCCACAGAGUUCCAGGUGCUCAAUACGAAUCGGCGUCAACGAGAAAAUUCAUUCACGGAAGAACCGAAACCAUUCGUUCUUGUUCUAUAGAGUCGGUACAGUUCGCCAAAACGAUGCUUGAUACUGGCAAGACAGUAGCAGAUAAAGUCGCUGCACUUAAAGAAGCCGUCAUCAAACACAAAGAAUACGCACAACAGGCAGUGAACGGCAUGGGAGUGGACAGACAUUUGUUGGGUUUAAGGAUCCUGGCGACGGAAUGUGGGAUCCCUCUGCCUGCGAUCUACCAGGAUGCUGGUUUUCUUCGCAGCACACAUAUGCGGCUCUCCACAAGUCAGGUUGCAACGAAGUGCGAUGGAUUCAUGUGUUACGCUCCUCUCACCACUGAUGGGUAUGGAUGCUGCUACAACCCCCGACCAUUGGAUAUGAACUUUGGCAUAUCAGCCUUUGUAGAACAUCCAGAUACCAGUGCCAGCAAUUUCCGACAAGCACUCGAAGAUAGCCUACGGGACAUGCGAGACGUGCUUCUCACAGCGAAGGGGGCCAAACUGUGAUAUGAAAUGCAAAAAAACAUGGCACUUUUUUGUUCGAUGUUAUAACGUUUGUGUAACUCGCAGUGAAAGUAUGAGGAUCACUUUUAAAAAUGUAUUUAAUUCAGUUUAUGAAUUGAAUUUAAUUGAUUUGGUGUAUUGUGAUUCUUGGAAAGAAAAUAGAAAAGACUGAAUAUGAUUUGGACAAUUUGUACUUAUGUAUCUAAGAUGUGUUGUAUAAUCAUAUAUAAUAAAAUUAUUUUAUAGUUCACCAA